AUGCAAGCUUUUGCGCGAAUGAAAAAGCGCGGAGCACGCAGACGCUUUGAACGAGUUCGCUGUUCUCACAUGGGUGUAGCUGAGCAGCUUUCAUCAUGGCAAUUGUUCCUCAUAGUUACCUCGGUGCUAUUAGCCUUGAAAGUGCUGCUUAUUCCAAGCUACACAUCCACCGACUUCGAGGUACACCGGAAUUGGAUGGCAAUAACCUACAACCUUCCGCUAUUUCAGUGGUACCAUGAGAACACCUCUGAAUGGACACUAGAUUAUCCACCUUUCUUUGCAUAUCUUGAAAAGGUUCUAGCAACAAUAGCCCAUCACUGUGGCCUCGAUGACAUCCUUGAAAUUAAGCAAGGGCCGCUAUUCAACGACAGAGUACUUUAUUUCCAGCGUCUUACAGUUAUAGCUACAGAUUUUCUAUAUAUUAUAUCCUGCGCCGUGUUUUGUUUCACCAAUUCACCUAGAUGGAAGUUGCUUCCAAAGAAGCUUGAGAAAAAGGCUAGAUUAGCUACAUUUGUUGCCCUGACCUGCAAUGCUGGUCUAAUCAUGGUUGAUAAUAUGCAUUUCCAAUAUAAUUCUAUGCUUACCGCCAUUUUGAUACUUUCUAUACAUUUUGCUGAUAGUGGGAGAUUUCUCAUGGCAGCCUUUCUAUAUUGUGUCUUGCUAAAUUUCAAGCAUAUAUACCUUUAUUAUGCACCUGCUUAUGUGGUAUUCUUUUUACGCAGCUACUUUUUCACCACCAUCGAUGAACUGUUCGAUGUUUGUCGAAUUUUGCAAUUAGGACUCAAGCUUGCUAUAGCAAUGGCGACGCCAUUUGUGUUGUCUUUCCUACCUUUUCUAGCAGCAAACGGCCCUAGCGAGAUUUUGCAAAUUUUGAGCAGACUAUUCCCUGUUUCCAGAGGGCUCACGCAUGCUUACUGGGCUCCAAACUUCUGGGCUUUGUACAAUUUGUUGGAUUUGCUAUUAUACCGAAUUUUAUCCUUAUGGAAACCAGAGCUAUUUAUCGCACCAACAUAUAGUUCAGGACUUGUGCAGGUUUACGACCAUUCGGUUUUGCUAAAUAUCACCGCUCCACUAUCUCUAUUGUUCGUUAUUGCCUCGCUGGUUCCUCUAUUUGCGACAUUGUUCAAAAUCAAAAUGCCUGACAUGUGCACACUGCUUGCGCUUAGCGCAUUCUCUUUCUUCUUCUUCGGCUAUCAUGUGCACGAGAAGGCUUUAUUGCUUAUAGCAAUUCCAUUACUAAUUACAGCUUUUACGGAUCCGAGAUUUGUCCAGCUAGCUGUUUUAUUUACUGUGAUCACCUGCACUUCAAUGUUCCCUCUUCUUUUCACUCUUUUUGAGAUCCCUAUCAAGUAUUGCCUUGCCACCACGUAUACGUUGCUGUUUUUACUUAUGAUCAGAUAUGCGUUUAGUAUUAGAGCGGCUUCGCUAUUUUCAAUACAAGCCAUUGCGUAUAUUUCCGGUCUUAUAUUGCUAGAGUUGAACGCCUCAUUCCUCCACAAGGUUAUAUUCGGUGAUAAAUUCGCUUUCCUUCCGCUCAUGUUGAUCUCUGUAUACAACGCUUGUGGAGUUCUGUUCUGUUAUUUCUGGUUAAUACUGCUAGUCUUUGAUGAUGACAUUAUGAUCAUAUUCAAACAGAAGCGGUGUGAGCUAAUGGAGAGCCUUAUAAAAGCUGGGCUUUAUCCAGUGCAGGCAGUAGAAUCGCUGGAUGAAGUCGAAAUGAUUGGUGGUAUUGAUAUAUCCGCAUCGAAAACGAAUCAGGAUUUUGCAGUGGUGGCAUUCAGUAUUUUUGAGUAUCCUACCAUGAAGGAAAUCGCGGUUUUUGAUGACGUUGUGGUUAUAACUGAACCUUACAUUACGGACUAUCUAGCUGUACGUGAAGCUGCACCAAUUGCAGACUUCAUUAACAGAACUCUUGAAGAGCAACCGCAUGUGCGGCCAGACGUUAUCAUCUGCGAUGGAAAUGGAAAGUUUCAUCUUCGAGGGUGUGGCUUAGCAUGUCAUAUCGGAGCUCUCACUGGAAUAGCAACUAUUGGUGUAGCGAAAAAACUCAACUUGUCGCUUUUAAAGUCGUUGAAUGCAAAUGAGGAAGUGAUGAGCGCUUCUGAACAGCUGAUCACCAGCGUUUCAUCACAAGAUACAGACGGUUAUGCACCAUUUGACGUAAUACUCCCAGUCGUGAUGAAUAUCACUCGAGUAGGCGGUUCGAAGGUCCCUGUUUAUGUGUCAUCGGGUUACGGUAUCGAGCUCAACCUGGCGACUCAAAUAGUACUAUCUGCUGCUGACCACAGGAUCUGCAAACCAAUCAGAAUUGCCGACUUGCAUUCAAGAGAAAAAGUACCAUAUAGAAUCACAAUGGGCCGAAGUUGA